AUGUUAAGCGAUAGGGGCAAGGCUUCGGCAACAGCUGCAGCGACCAGCCUUCGCUCAAGUUAUCACGACCUCAAGCUCAUCUUUAUAACCGGAAUCUGCGAUGGUGUUCCAGGCACAAAGGGGGAAGACGGAGAGCUUGCGCUAGGAGAUGUCGUCGUCAGUAAGAGCAUCGUGCAAUAUGACCUCGGCCGCCUCUACUCCGACAAACUUGCCAUCAAGACGGCCGCUGAAGACAGCCUUGGUAGGCCAUCUAGAGAUGUUCGAAAUUUCAUCGCCGCUAUGAGCACUAGGCCACACCGCAAGGCUCUGGAGAAGAGAGCGGCGGCUCAUCUAGCGCAGAUUCAGAAGGAAGCUGUCAAUAGAGUGAUUUACGAGUAUCCCGGCUCAGCCAACGACAUUCUUUUCGAGCCUACAUACUAUCACGAGUGCCAUCAUUUACCGAAAUGUGCAUGCAUGGAUGAUCCAUCUCAGGAGUUAUCAUGUGAAGAGACUGGCUGCGACUACAAUCGCCAGCUGCACCGGCAGCGCUUUGAAGAUACGAAACUGCCGCAAGUCAACCAAGGAUGGUUUGUGUUUUUCGGAAGAAUCGGGUCCGGAGACACAAUUUCCAUGUCAGGAAUAUAUCGUGACCAGAUCGCUCGAGAGCUAGACAUUAUAGCUCUCGAAACUGGAAGUGCCGGAGCUUGGGAUGAGCUGCCUUGUGUCAUUGUCAAAGGCGUCAGCGGCUACGGAGACGGUCAUAAGAAUAAUAGUUGGAAUAAUUGGCAAAACUUUGCCGCUGCAACGGCUGCAUCAACCACGAGAGCAUUGAUUGAGCGUUACCCUUCCACGGACAAAACACACAUUAUGCGGAAUCGCCAAGUAUACGAUGCUUGUCUCAAAGAUUUAUUCAUAACAGAUCCCGAGGCUGACAAAUUACGUAUUGAAAGCACGAAGGGUGGACUGUUUGAGAAGGCGUACAAUUGGAUCCUCACGAAUGAGAAUUAUCUUCAGUGGCAUGAUAAUGCUGAAUCCCGUCUACUGUGGAUUAAAGGCGACCCUGGAAAGGGAAAGACAAUGCUGUUAUGUGGCAUCAUUGAUGAAUUAAAGAAGGACAGGCCGACCAGAAAUGUCUGUCAGUUUUUAUGCCAGGCAACAGAUUCUCGUCUUGAUAAUGCGACAUCAAUCCUGCGUGGCUUAUUACACACAAUCAUCGGCCGACAACCUGUGCUCUUCUCACACAUGAGGGAGGGAUAUGAAAAGGCAGGUAAAAAGCUAUUCGAGGAUGCAAACUCCUGGUAUUCUCUAUCGCAAAUAUUCCUAAGCCUUGUCAACGACCCUAAUCUGCAAAGUCCAAUCAUCAUUAUCGAUGCACUUGAUGAAUGCAGGACAAAUCUAUCACAGCUUCUUGAUCUAAUAGCGAAAGACUUGUCCUCGUCCUCUUCGAAAGUAAAAUGGUUGUUAUCAAGUCGCAACGAGCAGGAUGUCAUAGACAGAUUGGAAACAGCUAAAAAUAGACGUGCCAUAAGCCUCGAACUCAACGCCAAUUCGGUAUCCAAGGCAAUCGAGGAUUACAUCAACCAUCAGGUGCAGGCACUCUCUGCGCUGAAAGAAUAUACGGGGGCUUCUCGUUCUGAUCCCCUGCCAAAGCCAUCUGAGUUUCCAGCAGAACUUGGCAGCUUAUAUGGGCGAAUGAUCACCAAAGUGUGUGACUUCAGAACAUCUGGCCAAGGAAGAAAGAUUCUUGCUAUUGCUACCGUCUCACGCCGACCUCUUACUAUAAAAGAAUUCAAUUCCCUUGUCGACACAUCUGAGGAUCAUAGACAGUCUCUGGAAUUGGUCUGGAGCGAUAUUUUGGGCUACUGUGGCUCAUUCCUGACUCUGAGGGAUGAGGCAUCAGCUCAGUUAUUCCCCGACGGUUUUGGGCUGGUUCAUACAAACAUCUUCAAGCACUGUAUAUCUGCAAUGCACAAGACUUUAAGGAGGAAUAUGUAUGACCUGAAAAAUCCCGGGUGUCUGGCAAAUCAAGUUACUUUGGAUCCAGUCAAAUCUAGCACGCUCACCUCCGUCGCGUAUUUCUAUGUCUAUUGGAUUCAUCACUUCGAGCAAUCGGUGACUGGACCUGGAUUGGACACUUCAGACAAUACUGAAAGACAUAAAGUGCUGUACACUUUCCUUAGUGAAAAAUACAUAUACUGGCUAGAGGCUCUUAGUCUUCUUAAGUCCGUAUUUACUGGCAUGGAGGAUCUACGGAGGCUCAAGAGUCUAGUUAUCGACGAACAAUUAUCAGGACUAAAAGACCUUGUCCAGGAUAACUACCGAUUCAUCCAGAUGUUUGGAAAGGUUAUAGCGGAUUUCCCUCUACAGGUAUACAUAUCUGGCUUACUAUUCAGCCCACCACAAAGUCUCACGCAUAGACUAUUCACAAAAGAGUCUCCAAAAUGCAUUCAACUUCUUCCCCCAAAAAAGGUGAACUGGGACCAAUACCUACAAAGAUUUGAUGGCCAUACGGACACAAUUACCAGCCUUGACACCUCUUGUUGCGGCACAUGGUUAGCAUCUUCAAGCCUGGAUGAGACAAUAAAGAUUUGGGAAGCUAAGACCGGAAGAUUGAUACGAAGCAUGAAAACUUACUCAUUUUCAUGCAUAAGCUUUUCUCCAUGGAAUAGCAACGAGAUAGCAUGUGGCGGUCUCCACAGGGACGAGAUUAUCAUUUGGGAUAUCGUCACAGGCAAGAUGUUGCAGCAAAUCAAUGCUGAAACAAAUUACAUUAAGUUGCUUUCACUGUUAUCCUCGGUACAAAAUGUACUAGGAUGCGUUUCACACACAAAGGAUGGCAAAUCAAUGGACAUCUCGUUUUACAACACAAAGACUGGGGAGAUGACCAAUCAGGCCAAAUUCCCUCUAACGCCAGAAAAGGUUCGUUAUCUUGUCGCGUUCUCUACUAAGGACAGCAGAAUAUUUGCAGUAGCGCAAAAAUGGUCUAAGAUCUUCAACACACAUGACGUCAAAUUAUACAGUUUGAACGCGAACAACGAACUUCAAAAGUUGCAUUGCCUCACAUGUCCAAAAACCUCAGCAAUGAGAUUUUCGCAGAGUGGACAUCUCAUAGUUGUACAUACAAUGUCUAUUAAGUCGACCUGUAUUUCAAUGUUUGACGUGGCAACAGGUGCGGCUCUAUGGAGAUCUCAAAUCGUCCUUUACGUUUCCCUUCCCUAUCUCGCCUUAUCAAGAGAUGGCCGACUUGCAUUAUGCGACAUCAGCAAGGUUGCCAUUCUGGAUGUCGCUACUGGAAAAAUGCUAUCGACGCAAAGGAUUGAGCUUGGCGAAUUAGUAUUCCCAUAUGAGCAAGACGGAAAGCAUAUAUAUGUUGCUAGUGAGAACGUUAUUAACGUUGUGGAACUCGGUUCACAAGAGCCAUCUCGGAAGAAUCCAAGCAGUGGUCAUAUCGAGCAACUAGCCACAUCAUACCAACGUGCCGUACUUUCACCAGAUGAGAGACAGCUGGCUACAUUCACAUGGCAGCCAAUGCCAAUGAUAGUUGUCUGCGAUACCUCAUUUCAGAAGAAGACUUGCAUCCGAAAACACAGCCUUGGAGCUUCUUGUGUUCUCAAAUUCUCUCCCGACUCAAGCAAGUUAGCCUGCUUGCUGCGCAGGAAUCUUCGAGUAUGGGACGUAUCAUCAGGAUCGAAGACGAAGACUCUCCUCUACCACAAACAUUAUUGUGAAAGCUAUGACUACACGAUACGCUUCUCCGAAGACGGCAUAUAUCUAGCUGUUGCCUAUACCAGUCGCGAGAGUUUAGGAGGGCAAAAGGUAAAGAUUCAGAUUUGGAACGUUGAUACAUCACAGCGUUUUAUCUACCUAGAAACUUUGAAGGAGAAAGAUGAGUCGCCGCGGGAAUCUUUUCUUGCCUUUUCUCCAAGCAGCAAGUUUCUAGCAAUUUCAUGGCAUAUUAAUAAAAGAGAUGUCAAAAGAGAUGUCACAAGAGUCGAAGUUUGGGACGUUACUUCUCGCAAAGGAGUGUUUUCCAAGAGCAUCUGCGGCGGCGACUUGAAAUCUUCUACCAGAAUCCCCUCUCCUCUCACCAGCCCCUCCGGUUCUUCUCAGUCCAAUUCUUGGAUCAACUUUAGAGGUGAAAAGCUCCUGUGGCUGCCUCCCGAGUACCGCCCUUUCCAAGACUCGUGGGAUAUUCAACAGAACUGCAUUCUCAUCAGAGAGCCUUAUGAAGCGCGCCUUUUUCCCUUGAAGUUCUGUUGCAGUGGCUGCAUUGGACGGGUUUUCACCCCGGGUUGGCAACCGGACGAAAGCACAUUGUGCUCCGCAGACGCCGAGGCGCCUGUAGCUAGGCCUGAGCUUAGUGAUAGCGAACUGGAGUUCCUUACAAUGGAUCCACCUGACGACAAGAUGAUGGUGUUUAGCAGUAAGAGCAUUGCAGAUAUAUGGAGAAUAGUUAAUUGA